AUGUGGAACAUCAUACUUGUCUACUUUUACACCAUUGCCGUGGUUGCGUCAGUGCUUGUUGAUCCAUUACCGCGUCCUCAAAGUAUCAAUUGGUUAGGCAAUACGUCCAUAACAAUCGAUAUUAAUCAAUUGCAACUAAAUACCAAUAGUUCAAUCCUUAAUGACGCUUUCAGCAGAACAAUUGCACAAGUGAGACGUGCCAAAUGGUCGCCUUAUGACUAUACUAAUUCAACGGAUCCAAUUAUUGUUGUUUCCAGCACCUUGGAGUCACAUGUGAUUGAUAUACAAGUGGAUGAUCUCGACCAAGAUUUACAAGUGGGAGUCGAUGAGUCCUUUGAAUUGCAGGUAAACGAAACCCAGAUUGGAAUAUCGAGUGGCACAAUCUGGGGUGCGUUGCAUGCAUUAACGACUUUGGCGCAACUUUUGGUGUACAAAGGCAACAAUGGUCACUGGAUAUGUGAGUCGUCAGUACAUAUCGAGGAUUACCCACAAUAUCAACAUAGGGGGCUCAUGAUUGAUUCCGCCAGGAAUUUCUUGCCAGUGGCAAAUGUCUUGGAACAAAUAGAGAUUAUGUCGUUGUGCAAAAUGAAUGUACUCCAUUGGCAUUUGGUUGAUAGUCAAAGCUGGCCGUUGCUUUUGGAGUCGCACCCUGAGAUGAUUCGUGAUGCAUAUUCACUGGGCGAGAUUUAUACUAAAGAUGAACUCAAAUUGGUGCAGGAUUUUGCUAGAUCUCGUGGAGUACGCGUUAUACCGGAAAUCGAUAUGCCGGGCCAUGCAAGAGCAGGCUGGAGGCAGAUUGACCCCAAUAUAGUCUUGUGUGGAAAUGAUUGGUGGGGUGAUGUGGCGGUAGAGCCUCCUCCAGGACAAUUAAAUAUUAUGGAUCUGGAUACUUAUAAGUACAUUUCCGACGUGUACAAUGAACUCAGCAAUGUAUUUGGCGACAAAUAUUUCCAUGUUGGGAACGAUGAGCUUCAAAAAAAUUGUUUUCCCCGUGAGUGGUUUAAUAAUGCAACUACACUUGGCGAUGUGGUCCAGCACUACAUUGAUCGUGCCUUGCCUUUGUUCAACGCUAUUCCUGGACGUAAGUUGAUGAUGUGGGACGAUGUGCUCUUGUCGUCAGAUGGAGCUGCUCAUAGUUUGCCUAGUAAUGUUACACUCCAAGUGUGGCAUGAACAGAGCGGUGUCAAGAAUUUGACUCUGCAAGGGUACGAGGUGGUGGUGUCGCUGUCCAGUCACUUGUAUCUCGAUUGUGGCUACGGUGGCUGGGUCACAGAUGAUUUCCGGUAUGUAGACUCUCCCGAAAAUGAAGAAUUUAAUAAUGGCCAAGGCGGAAGUUGGUGUGCUCCCUACAAGACUUGGCAACGAAUCUACACGUUUGAUAUUGCACAGAAUUUGACUAGAGAAGAAUCCAAGUUGGUAUUGGGUGCCGAAGCUGUCCUUUUUUCUGAGCAAGUUGACUUUACUGUUUUGACGGGUAAGAUUUGGCCAAGAACGUCGGCACUUGCAGAAUCCUUAUGGAGUGGCAAUAAGAAUGCAGAGGGUGUUUUCCGGUUAGAGGAAAUGACGACUCGUAUUUUACUUUUCAGAGAGUUUUUGAUAAAAGCAGGCCAUCCUGCAGCGCCCUUGGUCCCAAAGUAUUGCGUGAUGAAUCCGCACGCUUGUGACUUGAAUAAACCAAAAUAG